AUGCGUGAAUACGAGCUGGUGAACGCACUUGCCCAAGAGUACAGAUUGAUACACUUGCUGUAUCAUAGAAACAAAAAUCAGCAUAAGAUGGCUGUAUGGUGGAAACGACUAAACAUGAUGAAAAGAAACGUUUCGAGUGUACUAAGUAUACUGCAAAGCAGUAAUAAAGGGAAAACUGAGUAUAUUAAAUUGUAUAAACUUGUGAAAAUAUUGAGUAAGAGGAUGGUUAAGAAAAUUUAUUACGAUUUCAACGGCAUUAUCAAUUUGAAUCAAUUUUUAACUUUGGGUGUUGUCUUAAUUGGUAAUUUGAGUAAGAUAUAUUCCAUUUACAUGCAAAUUUUGGAAUUUUAUAAGGAAGAAUUCAGUAAAUAUGUGAAGAUACGAGAGAUUCGCGAUGUGGAGAUUGUGCAAGAAGUUACUGAAGAAAUAGGUGAAGAGAUUCAGUUAGAAAUUUCGAACAUACAGCAAUUGAAGAAUGAAAGACUGGAGCAACCUUUUAUUGAGGAAGUACGAGAGAAGAAGAAGAAAAAGAAAAGCAAGAGCAAGAAGAAGAGUAAGUCUGCCAUUGAUGACAUUUUUGGGUGA